UGAGCGAAAGUAGCUAGCUAAAGUGGUGCCCAGCUUCUGAUUUCAAAUCUACCGAGUACUUUACUUCUCGUGAUUGAACGGUUCGGUACUGUUAUUUUUGCUCUAGAUAAUAUUUUCGAUAUUGUUGCGAUGAUUUUGAAACUCCUGUGUCUCACACUCGCUGGGUUCGUCAGUAGCAUCACUAUCAAUGCUGGAUACUAUGACUAUUACACCCCAAACGCGGAACAUCAAAAUUUGGUAGCCCAGCCCAUACCAAAAUCCGUCGAAAAAGAACAGAAGCAAGAUUUUUCUAAAAUUCCUGGAAGACCUGGAGUGGAUUAUCCCCUUUACCAUUCUGUGCCAGAAACUAGGUUCUCGUGCCAUAAUGUUCCAGCCUUGCCAGGAAUGUACGCUAAUAUAGAAACAGGAUGCCAGGCUUAUCACAUUUGUCAUGAUGGUAGGGAAGGUGAACAAGGUUCUUCGUUUCUAUGUACCAACGGUACAUUAUUCAACCAAAAAGAAUUUGCUUGCGAUUGGUGGUACAAUGUGGACUGCCACGCUGCUCAGAGCCUUUACAAACUGAAUCUGGACCCGAAAAAGAAUCCUUACUUCCAGAAACCGAAGGUAGAACACCAAGAACCCGAAGAUCCAGAGCAAGGGGUCUUUAUUAUUAAGUAUUAAAACUCUAAACAGUAUUUGCUCAGGUAUUUUUGUAAAUAUUUCGAAAAAA